GGUCGGCAUUCAUCGGACAAAAAGCGGGCCCAAGCCCGUUCAAUCGCCUGAAAAAUGGAAACCGAGCAUGGCCAAAGGAGCGCGAAGCGGAGUCCACCCAGACGACCUCACCAAUCACCUUCACGCUGUGCCUUCCCCAGCUCCUCGGCCACUGCAUGCAGCGAGGCGUGGCAUGGUGCAAAAUGAGACCCCUUACCAGUUGCCCCAAGCCAAGCUUUCAACGCUCAAGCCAGGCAAGGGCAGUCGUUGCCGCCCAUCGCUAGGCACGCGCUGGACAUUGGGAUUGCAAUGGCUCCAACUGUAACCCAACGUAGGGAGGUGCAAAGGAAGGGAUGGCCUGCUCCUCUUGGCUAACGGCGCAACACAGCCACUACAUACAUUCUUGAGGAGUGGUUCUCUUCUCGCGACCCGACAAUUGUUGCAGGAACAUUAUCUUCCCCUUCACUUCUCCAACUUCCUACAUGUCGGGGCCAUCGGGAAAAUGCUCAGCGCGGCGAUUUCACUAUUGCUGCUGGGCGGCUCGGCCAGGGCGGCCCUGCAGGUCGAUCUCACCUCUGCUAGUUCGAUAAAGAAGGCGGCAAGUGAUGUGGCCUACGAUCUCAUGGGCUACUACAGUGGCAACCUGUCGGGUCAGAUCCCCGGUAUCCUGCCCGGGCCUCCGCCCGCGGGGGAGUAUUACUGGUGGGAGGGCGGCGCGCUCUGGGGGACCAUGUUGGAUUAUUGGCACUACACGGGCGACGCGACGUACAACGACGUGACGAAGCAGGCGCUGCUGUUCCAGACGGGGCCGCCGCAGAACGCGUACAUGCCGCGCAACUACACGAUAUCGCUGGGCAACGACGAUCAGGGGUUCUGGGGCAUGUCGGCCAUGCUGGCGGCCGAGCUAAACUUCCCCAACCCCCCCGAGGACCAGCCACAAUGGCUGGAGCUGGCGCAGGCUGUGUUCAACACGCAGGCUGCGCCCGACCGCCACGACGAUACGUGCGGUGGAGGUCUGCGCUGGCAGAUCCCCAUAUCCAACAUCGGCUACGACUACAAGAACAGCAUCGCGAACGGAAUCUUCUUCAACCUAGGAGCGCGCCUCGCACGCUACACGCAAAACAACACGUACGCCGAAUGGGCCGAGAAGACGUGGGAUUGGGUGGCCGGUGUGGGGAUGAUGGACGACGAGAUCAAUGUCUACGACGGCGGCCACGUUGGAGUCAACUGCACCGACAUAUUCAAGGCCCAGUUUUCGUACAACGCCGGUGUAUUUAUGCAAGGUGCUGCUUUUAUGUACGACUACACCACUGGAGAAGACCAGAAGCGAUGGGGAGAUCGCGUGCAGCGGCUGGUGACGCGAACCCUUGAGAUUUUCUUCGACACUGGACCUAUGAUUGAGGUAUCGUGCGAACUGGAAGAUCGAAUCAGCUGCAAAACCGACAUGUUGGCUUUCAAGGGCUUCCUCCACCGGUGGAUGGCCAGCACGGCGCAGCUCGCCCCCUUCGCACAUGACUCAAUCAUGAACGCGCUCAAAAACUCAACCGCCUAUGCCGUGAAGGCGUGCUCUGGCGGCGACAACGGCCGGCAGUGCGGAUUCCGCUGGACGACGGGCGAAUAUGACGGACUCACGGGCGCCGGCCAGGAGAUGAACGUCGUUGCGGCACUGUCAGUCUUGUUGGUGGAUCUUGAGAAGUCCUCGAUCACGGGGCCCUACACCAACACUACUGGCGGCACGAGCCAAGGAAACCCGUUCGCUGGCACCACCCCAGACCCCUCGUAUGACAAGGGGGAAGUGACGAAGGGGGACCGUGUUGGGGCCGGCAUCCUAACAGCAAUCGUCCUAACCUCGCUCAUCGGCGCCCUAGUGUGGAUGAGCCUGGGGGCGGGCGAGUCCGGGGCAGCUCCAGUGAAAAGGAGGGGAGAUACCCGGUUCGGAAAGCUUAGGCGGAGAAUCUGAGUUCAUACUUGAAGGACAAGGGUAAAUUUAGAGGGCCGAAGACGGCGCCCCAUUUCUUCAAGACUUUUAUUUUCCCUUCCCUUCUGGAGCAACCUGUCUCAUCUCGACGAGGUUCAGCGGUCUUGGUGUUUGUGUAGCAUACUGGGGGGCGUUCAUGGAGGUGAGCAUUUAGACUGUAGCCGGGCGGGCAGUCAAGGUUGUCGUAUUUUGUUGAGCCUCUAGCAUUUUCCGGGGCCGAUACCAUGUCCAAGUACUCCGUAUAUACCCGAUCUGAUCCGCUUCUCGGUAAUUGUCCUUGUCAACGCGUGCUGCCUGGUAUUGGCUGCCCGGCUAGUAUCGAUCACUCUCUAGAUUGAGCCGCUCUGCAGGAACUCCUGUUUCUGCCGACUUCCGGGAUCCAGCUAUCUACAAAC